UCGCGAUGAUUUGCUGAGCGGCGAGGUUAUUUAAGCGACGUCGGGGCCGUCUGGAAGUACGUCUCUUGUGCUAGACCCAAACGUUUUAUUGCCAGUAGCUGUUUUCCGUACGUCCUAAACGUUGACUGUCGCAUAGUAUAACUCGCUCAACACCCAUCUUCCCGCAACAGAUAGGAGAAUGGCUGCUGCUGAGGUGAACGGUAGUUCUGCCCCAGCAAAGGAGGAAGAAGAACCUAUGGAUGUGUCAACAACACACACAGAGAACUACCAGACACUUAUCGAUGCAGGGCUGCCUCAGAAAGUGGCUGAAAGCCUGGAUAACAUUUUCCAGACAGGCUUGGUGGCAUAUGACGACCUGGAUGAGAGGGCCAUUGAUGCACUGCGGGAGUUCAAUGAGGAGGGAGCACUGAAUGUCCUGCUGCAGUUCAAAGAGAGUGACCUGUCCCAUGUCCAAAAUAAAAGUGCUUUCCUUUGUGGAGUCAUGAAGACAUACAGGCAGCGGGAAAAGCAAGGAAACAAAGUACAGGAAUCUUCAAAGGGCCCAGAUGAGACCAAGAUAAAGGCUCUGUUGGAUCGAACAGGGUACACUUUAGAUGUCACCACAGGUCAGAGGAAAUAUGGAGGGCCCCCGCCUGAGGAGGUGUUUACAGGAUCACAGCCUGGGAUCGGAACUGAGGUGUUUGUGGGAAAAAUCCCCAGGGAUCUGUACGAAGACGAGCUGGUGCCCCUGUUUGAGAAGGCAGGUCCUAUUUGGGACCUUAGGCUAAUGAUGGAUCCCCUUUCUGGCCAGAACCGAGGUUAUGCUUUCAUCACCUACUGCAACAAGGAGGAUGCACAAGAGGCUGUGAAACUCUGUGAUAACUAUGAAAUACGGUCUGGGAAGUACUUGGGGGUUUGCAUAUCUGUUGCAAACAAUCGCCUGUUUGUUGGAUCAAUCCCAAAGAACAAGACCAGAGAGAGUAUAUUGGAGGACUUUGGCAAAGUUACAGAGGGUCUGCAGGAAGUGAUCCUCUAUCACCAGCCAGAUGACAAGAAAAAGAACCGUGGCUUCUGUUUCCUGGAAUAUGAGGAUCACAAGUCUGCAGCACAGGCCCGCCGCCGUCUCAUGAGCGGCAAGGUGAAAGUGUGGGGGAACCCAGUCACUGUGGAAUGGGCUGACCCUGUUGCCGAGCCAGACCCAGAGGUCAUGGCCAAGGUAAAGGUACUCUUUGUGAGGAAGCUAGCCACACCAGUAACAGAAGAGCUCUUGGAAAAGACAUUCUCUCAGUUUGGAAAGCUAGAGCGAGUGAAGAAGCUGAAAGACUAUGCCUUUGUCCAUUUUGAGGAAAGGGAUGCAGCUGUAAAGGCGAUGGAGGAAAUGAAUGGAAAGGAACUAGGCGGAGAGGAAAUUGAAAUUGUCCUGGCAAAGCCCCCGGACAAGAAGAGGAAAGAGCGCCAGGCAGCUCGUCAGACAACCAGGAACACAGGGUAUGAUGACUAUUACUACUACCCACCUCCACGUAUGCCCCCACCGGGCAGGGGCAGGGGCCGCGGUGGUAGAGGGGGUUAUGCUUAUCCACCUGACUACUAUGGAUAUGAAGACUACUAUGAUGACUACUAUGGCUACGACUAUCAUGACUAUCGUGGUGGCUAUGAAGAUCCCUACUACGGCUAUGAAGAUAUCUACAGCAUGAGGGGCCGUGGUGCCCGGCCCAGUAGGGGGGGGCCUCCUCCACCAAGGGCCCGUGGUGCACCACCGACACGUGGCCGCGGGGGCUAUGCCCAAAGAGGGCCCCCCAUCGGUGGGCCAAGGGGCGGCAGAGGAGGCCGGGGUGCCCCUUUCCAGCCACCGAGGGGGCGGGGUCCCCGAGGGGCCAGGGGAAAUCGUGGGGGCAACGUUGGCGGGAAGAGGAAGGCAGACGUGUUUAACCAGCCUGAUUCCAAGCGCCGGCAGACCAACAACCAGCAGAACUGGGGGUCCCAGCCCAUCGCCCAGCAGCCCCUGCAGCAAGGGGCCGACUAUUCCGGUGGAGAAGCAUUGAGAGCGGCACCGCUAGAGUGAGGAACUCACCUGAACAGUACUCAAGGGCAGUAGGGGGGUGCCCUCAGUCCAUCUGAAUGAGUCAAAGAUUACAACAGAAUGGAAAACGUGCAUUGUUCUCUGAGUAAGGGGAGUGUUUUCCACUAGGCGCCAACCUGGGUCACCACGGGGGUUGACAUUCCUCAGGAUGAACUGUUAAAAAGUGAAAGGGUGAGAUGUAGUCUUGCCAGUUCAGCUGCAGAAAGCCUUCGCUCAGAGAGAGAGCCUCUCAGGCCGGCUGAUGGAGGUGAUGCAGAGGCUGCAGUCUGUAAAAGAGGCCCAGACUUCCACACAGACGGGGUUCACCAAGUGUGAAGGCCGGUAUGGCUCUGCAACUUCCCUGACAGCCCUCAUGCUUGACAAGCUGUGACAGGGCAAUCUUUAGGAUGACAAGCACUGAAGAACGAUUACUGUCACCAAACACACCAGUACAACUUGAUGCUGUUUGCUGUUCCGAUAAAGACAUUUUUCCAAGUGAAACCAUGUGUGUACAUGAUUUUUAAACGGAUAAAUAUUUGAGUCAGUUUGUUUUAAAUUUAGUUCCUCAAAGUAUUAUUUGGUAAGUCUAAAAAUUGAAUACUAUGUAAAUAAUGUUUGGGAUUAUCAUAAAAGGUUGGCUGACCUAUUGGGCUCGUUUCUUAAUGACAGCCAAGCAUGUUCAAUUUCAGGCUUCAUGGAAGGUGCAAAUCUAACACAUUUGGAGCAAAUGGUGUUGGUUUUGAGCAUCAUGUAGAAGUCAUUCAAAAUUAAGGUAUCUGAAAUCACAAUUGGUAGUAAUUUUUACCAAGUGGGUUCUCACUGUGAAUAAGACACUGGAGAGGAGUUGGAAAUGGGGAUGUGUGCAUGGGUUCUGUACAUCAUCACAGAAACUUGGAGACGGUGGUUUCGUUGCUUUGA